AUGCACGACCUACUGAAAAAGUCUGAUGUAGGCUCUCGGAUCGACAUCGUGAUACUCCACUUCUCCAAGGCUUUCGAUACAGUCCUUCAUAGGAAGCUUCUCCACAAGAUGAGACCCUAUGAUCUCAAUGGCAAGAUCAACAUCAGUCUUCCAGCUCUUCCGCCAGGCACAAAGAGGCUCGGUUGUAAAAGGGUCGGUCACCAAACAUGCGAUGUGUCUCAUAAGAGUCAUGGAAAAUCAAAAAGGGUAGCAUACUCUUCCAGUGCCAUGGCAUUGCUGGAUCUAGACGAGGGUCAGCUGAAGAGACCAGAAGCUGCCGAGUAUUUUGGCGGAAAUAAACUUCUACCUGGCAGUAAAACAGCCGCACAUUGUUACUGUGGUCAUCAGUUCGGUUACUUCUCAGGACAACUUGGAGACGGGGCAGCAAUGUUAUCGGGUUUAAAGGUUGAUAUGAGCUGGGGGGCAAUGCAUCAUCUGGGUAUAGGUUCAACAAGAGCUGGUACAUGUGUGACCUCAGACUCUACAGUAGUAAGAGAUAUCUUCUAUAGUGGUAACCCAAUCAAUGAGAAAUGUACAGUUGUUCUCAGGAUUGCUCCCACAUUCCUAAGGUUUGGUUCAUUUGAAAUCUUUAAACCAAUGUCGGCUGAGACGGGUAGGAAAGGUCCAAGUGUUGGUAAUGAAGAACUUCUUAGAACAAUGCUGGAUUAUGCAAUCAAAACAUACUACAAAGAGAUCUGGGACAAGCACUCGGCAGAUAAAGAACAGAUGUAUUUUGAGUUUUGGAGUGAGGUAGUGAGAAAAACAGCUAGACUAGUGGCAGAAUGGCAAUCUGUAGGCUUCUGUCAUGGGGUGUUAAACACAGACAAUAUGAGCAUAAUGGGGCUGACCAUAGACUAUGGACCGUAUGGUUUCAUGGACCGGUUUCAGGCUGAUUAUGUAUGCAAUAAUUCAGAUGACGGGGGUCGAUACGCCUAUCAGAAACAACCAGAGAUCUGUAAGUGGAACUGUAAAAAGUUUGCCGAGGCUAUACAGAUGGCGCUGCCACUUGCCAGGACUGAACCAGAGUUACAGAGGAUAUUUGAUGAAGCUUAUGGUGCCCAUUAUAAAAGCAAGAUACGGAAAAAGUUUGGUCUAUUAAGGAAGGAGCUACCGGAGGAUGAGAAGUUAGUAGACUCGUUCCUGACCACAAUGGAGGAGACAGGGGCAGAUUUCACAAACUGUUUUAGAUGUCUGAGUCGUAUACCUCUACCGAGUAGUCCAGAUUUUCCCAGCGAGUUAGAAGCAGUGAGGAUAUAUUUAGUAACUCAGUGCUGUACAGCUGAAGAGUUGAAAAGAGCAAAUAGACCGAGGAUGGAUCCAAGACAGUUGCAGAUGUUUGUCCAAAUAAUGCAGACAAAUCCUGGGAUAUUGCCAGCUCUCGGCAGCAGAUUUGCAGCAAUCGCACAAGAAUUGGAAAGACUGGAAAAAUUGCAGGAACUCGAUGAUGUGACUGACAUAAGUAAAAGACAGAAGGACAAAGAUGCCUGGGAGAAAUGGUUACACAUAUAUGUAGACAGGUUACAUAAGGAAGAAGAAGGGGUCACUAACAUGCAUGCUGCAAAUAAAGAAAGGAUCAAGAUCAUGAAUGAAACAAAUCCAAGAUUUAUUUUACGGAACUAUAUCGCCCAGAAUGCCAUAGAUGCUGCUGAGAAGGGAGAUUACUCUGAAGUUCAGCGAGUGCUGAAAGUGUUGGAGAAACCGUACAGUGAUACAGUAGAUAUUAAUGAUAUCAGAAUACCAGGUGUAAAACAAACAGCAAUAAAAGAUGAAGAUGCAGGGUCUUCAGGUGGUGCCACUGGGCAAACUGAAUCAGCGUCUUGGUCCAAACAAUUUACAGACUGUACAUAUGAUAGCAAACCACCGGAAUGGUCCAUGGAUCUACGUGUUACCUGAUCCUCGUAAACCCCACAACACUAAAGGCUCCUUUGUACUACUAUAUCUGUGAUAGGUGUCAAUAUAUUUCUGUAUUGCACCUGUAUUAUUGUGUUUAUUGAGGAGCUGAAGUGUUGAGGGAUCUUUUGUUGCUGACACUUUUUUCCUGCGGGGACAUUUUGAAGAUGAUAGUUCUCUUCUGGUAUAAGUUGAUCUUUCCUAGAAUGAGAAUAAGUAUCUUUCGUGAUUGUUUUUGCUGGAGAUAAGUGAAGGCAAGUGUCGGUUUAGUAAGACUGAUAUUGUACAUAAUACUGUUGCUUAACAUUGUAUAGUAACUGUUAAAUCAUAGACACUUUGACUGUAAGGCAGGUAGCAUAUGGACAGAUAGGUAAUAUUUUAAAGAUAAAGUUUAGGGAUCUUACAGAUGGAAUCGGUAUUUAACUGAGAAAUUCUAGAAUCAGUCUAUAGUAGUUAUUAAAAUGUUGUCCUAUUUGUUGCCAUUGUGUAGAAUAUUUUUAUCUGCUGUUACUUGGUACUGCUGAAAAUGUUCCAAAAAUAUUUUUCAAAAAAACAAAUAUAGCAGUUUUUAAGACAUCUUUGUUAUGCCACAAACAAACUAAUUGAAGUUUUUUCACAGAAGUUGUGCGGACAGAUUUUGGAGUUUUACAAUGACAUUAACAUAUAUUUGAUGUUUUCGUUAACUUAAUAUCCUUGCUAUCUUUAUAGUGUUACUUUUUUCUCCAGAUUUAAGGUGUUACAUUUCAAUAUUGAGCAACAGGAAGUACAAUUUUUAUGACGAAGUCACGUGAAACUCGUGCACGAGCUUGUGACUUCUGAUGCCAUGCUUACUAAACUGAUCCUAUUGAUUUUAUUGUGAACUGUAUAGCUGUGCGGAGCACAACUGCUUCACUGUUGGAGCAGUAAUUUUGUAAACUUUUUUUAAAAUAAAAAAUGUUUAUCUUGUACAUAAACUUAUAUGCUGCUGUGAAUAGCAUUCAUUUUAAAGUUAAUACAUGUAUAAUGAUGUUCAAAAUCAGAAAUAGUUCUCCUUAGUGACUUAGCAGUUUCAGAGUAGUUUUCGUUGCUUAGUGACUGCAGUUUCAGAAGUAGUUCUUACAAAAUUACUUCUGUUCUUACUGAAUGACUCUGCAGUUUCAGAAGUAGUUCUUCUUAGGAAAUGACUUUUAGAAGUAGUUCUCCUUAGGAAAUGUCUGAGCAGUUUCAAAAGUAGUUCUCCAUAUUAAGUGACUGUAAUUUUAGAAAUACUAUAGUUCUUAUGAAGUGUCUGAGCAGUUUCAGCAGUAGUUCUCCCUAUGAAGUGGCUCUGUAGUUUCAGAAGUAGUUUUCCCUAAGAAAUGGCUAUAGUUUCAGUAGUUCUCUAUAUGAAAUGACUGGUCAGUUUCUUAAGUAGUUUUAACGAAAUCACUAGGCAAGUUCCAGGAGUACUUUACCCUUACCAAAAUGACCCAGCAGGUCCAGAAGUACAAAUUUAUGUCAGGUUUGAUCCUUCAAAGGUUUAAUAAGGAAAAUUUUCAGUGAAAACAAUUUAUUUAAUAUUUUUAGAUUCUUGCAUUGCUGUGGAAAUAAAGUCUUGCAUAGUCUUUAAAACUAUGUUAACUUCCAGUAUGUCUAAAUUAUACUCAUUUGUACAUUCUGUAUUGUUUACUAGACAACUUGUAUCAUUUUUUUUUCAUCCCCAACAGUUAAACGUGAUGAAUCUUUCAAUAUUUGAUUUUUUUUUAUCCCAUGUGGUUUUGGGAUGACGUGUGUGAAAUUAAUCGGAACCAUUUACCCUUGCAUAAUCAUAAAAGGUGACUUUUAGGGUCUGAACACUUGGUUUUGCUAUAUCUCUGUGAUUCCAGCAGGUAUAAAAGUUGAUUCCAUACCUCAUAUUUUGAUUUCAAUGUAGAUGUAGAGCCAAAAUUGUUUGUUUUGUUUGGUGCCAUAUAAUCUGUGCUGUUUAAUAGCUGUAAAACCAAUAUUAGAUAUCAAAUUGAUAUUUUUUUGAUUUUUUUAUAAACGCUAUUGGAAUCAUUAGUUGCAUGCUGAACCAAUAACCAGUUUUCAGAAGGUAUAAACAGUUCAGACACAUAGAACAGCAGUGACAUGCCUUACAACUGCUGUUACUAUACCCUCAUUUCAUAGGUUUAAUUGUGCCAGCGACCACACAAGGCACAGCUUUGACAUUUAGUGAGUUUAAUAAUGAUUAUAGUUUAUGUAUGAUAAUUUAAUAUGCAUUUGUUACUUUAUAUCAUUGCUCUCCACUUUCUAUUUUCCUGUAAUCACGCCAGAUAUUAUAUACCAGUUUUAAAUUAUCUGAUAUGGUUUAAUUUUUAUAAAUGCAAUUUUGCUUGCUUGCCCCUGUUGUUUGUUUGAAGUAAUAAAUCAAGGGAGGGUUGUUUAUAUUUGCACACAUAUCAGCACAGUUACAUAAUAUUACUAUGUUCAAAGUGAUUGUAAAGUAAACAUAAAUAUAAGUUUGAAUUUGAGAUUGAGAGACAAAUUAGGGAUUAAGAUGAAUUUAGACUUUGUCUUAAGACACAUUUAUUCUCAGAGUUUUAUUACACUUGAAUUUAUCACUUGGAUUGAUGUACAUAUUAUCAGACUUUGUAAAGCGCAUGUGGUUCUGGGACAAUCUGUGUAUGAAAAGAAUUGGAACCACUGCCUUACCCUUGCACGAUCGUAAGAGGCGACUAAUAGGGUCUUAACACUUGGUUUUGCAGUAACGCUUUGAUUCCAGCAGGUAUGCAAAUUUUGAUUCCAUACCUGUUUUUAUUUCGAUGUAAAUGAGAUGUGGAACCAAAAUUUGUAGUUCUGUUUGGCGCCAUAUAACCUAUACAGUUACUGUGUUGGCGCGCCAUAAAACCCAAAUAAAUCAAUAAAUAGUAAAGCGCAUUAGAAGCUUAUUCUAGGCAUAUUUUGGGCUGUAUAAGUGUUAUUUGUAUUGUAUUUGUAUUGAGAGGGAGCAAUAUUAAGGAUGUAGAUUGAAACUGUAAAACAAUCUUAAAUACACAGAACUGUGAAAUAGUUGCAGUAUCUAUUGCAGAUUAUUUUAUUCAGGAAAAGUAACCAAGAACAGAUUGAACUAUUAUUACGGAUUUUUAGUUACCGAUGCUUCCCAAAAGUAUUAAUGUAUAUUUCGUCUCUAGCUUUAAUGCAUGUACCUAAAUGACAAAAAAUUCAAAAUACAUCAUGUUAAUGCAUACUUCACAGAAAACUUUACCUAAUUAUGAACAUACUGUUAAAAGUUCUGCUUCCUUGAAAAUAGUCACUGACACAAAUCUGGCAUGCGAUGAUUAUAUUUCACUGACAUAAAUGAUUUUGUGGCUUUAAAGGAUGCCCUCAUCAUCUAUGCACAAAUUCAUAUUCUUAAUUAUGAUAGCGUCUGCUUUACCAAUGUGUAAGUACCACUUGAUGUUUCCAAAAUUUCUAUAAAACCUUUAAGGUCUUGCCUAAUUUGGCGUUCUUUGUGAUGAAUUAGCACUGAAAAUAUUGCCAGACAAAUUCAGAUGGUUAAAAGAGCAGCAUUGCUGGGUGUGUGUACCUGUGGUAAUGGGAUAGAUUCUGUGCACUUCACCUAUUAGGGGAGAAUGUUAUGGAGAGCAUAUAACCCAAUUACUGCAUAUUAAAGUAAUAUAGAUUUUACAUUGCGCUAUACAUAGGGUUUUUUGGGGGACAGGGAAGUCUUAUUUUUUAACAGCAUACAUACAAAUAUAUUUACUUCUCAUUUUCUGCAUUAUUGCUAGCACCUUGUACAGUAAGUCCAUGUUAAGAGACUUAUGCCGUUGUUCAAAGUUUGCAGUUGCAUGAAUGCUGGACAUUUUUUAUUGAUAUUCUGUUGUUUACAAUGUAUUUGAUCUUCAAUUUAUGCUGAUAUUGUUGACAUUUUUACAACAUCUGAAAUAAAGAAUUAAUCACAAAG